ACCAAAAAAUUAAUACUUAUAUGGAAAGAGGGAAGAGUUUGUCGAAGUCGAAGUUUUCAGCAGUUUGAUUCUCUCUUCCUCAAGUCAUAUAAAAGGAGUAGCAGAGGCACAGCACUGAAACCUCGUUGAUUCUUUUGUUGUUUUGUGUUUUCCAUCAUUGGAGACCGAGAGAUCUUUCUCUGAAUCGCAUUGUUGGAUGGAUUGUCGGCGGCUCGUUUUGUUCUCACUCUGUUUGUUAUCCGUCUUCCCUGAUCUCUCCCUCCAAUCCUCCAGAUGGGUUGGAGCUGGAAAAACGAAAGAGCCGGUGCUGCGAAUGGUUACCGGAGCUUCGUCAGCUGUUAUUGAUCCGACCCGGGUCACCCAAAUCUCUUGGCAUCCCAGGGCUUUUAUAUAUAAAGGAUUCUUGACACACGAGGAGUGUGAUCAUCUCACCAAUCUGGCUAGAGAUAAGCUGGAGAAAUCCAUGGUGGCUGACAAUGAUUCGGGAAAGAGCAUCGAGAGUGAAGUUCGGACAAGUUCUGGCACCUUUCUUAGAAAGGCUCAGGAUCAAAUUGUUGCUAAUAUUGAAGCCAGGAUAGCUGCCUGGACUUUCUUACCUCCAGAGAAUGGAGAAUCUAUCCAAAUUUUGCGAUAUGAACACGGACAAAAAUACGAACCACAUUUUGAUUAUUUUCACGACUUGGCCAAUCAAGAGCUAGGGGGUCAUCGUGUGGCUACUGUUCUUAUGUACUUAUCAUCUGUUGAGAAGGGUGGGGAAACCAUAUUCCCUAGUUCCGAGAACAAAGACAUUCAGCCAAAGGGUGAGGACUGGUCCGACUGUGCUAAAAAUGGCUAUGCAGUGAAACCUUACAAGGGUGAUGCGUUGUUGUUUUUCAGUCUUCAUCUCAACGCUACGACUGACCCUCUGAGCUUACAUGGAAGCUGCCCUGUGCUUGAAGGCGAGAAGUGGUCGGCUACAAAAUGGAUUCACGUGCGGUCUUUUGAGAUACCAUCCAGUGGAUGCACUGAUAAGAACUCAAACUGCUCCCGCUGGGCUGCUGCUGGUGAAUGUGAAAAGAAUCCUUUAUAUAUGGUGGGCACCGAAGAUUCUCCGGGACACUGUAGGAAAAGCUGUGAAGUAUGCUCAUCUUAGGGAAACUCAAUCGACACGGGGGUUUCUGUUUCUUACUGGUUUAUGAAGCGAGAAAUUUUCCCCAAUGAGUCUGUGUCAGCUUGUAUAUCUUAUAGAAACUUUGGUUUAGACAUGCUAUACUUGAAAAGGAUCGGAAUUUCUCUUGACAGUGAGCAAAUUAACUUGCCUAUUA